GUUAAAAAAUACUCCUUUGGCCGCCUUCCCAUGAACAAGAACAGCACUGCAAACAAACUGAACGACAACACAUUCAACAACGUCCUCUUCAACAGUGUCAAGAACAAUAAGAAAACCAAACUGGUACAUGGGGAGAAUCGUGGACAGCCACGGGAUCCACCUGACUCCCGUACUGUUAAUCCCAUUAACAGGAAGAUUAAAAGGAACUCGAAUGGAAUUCAUGCCCAUCACCCAUUUCCUAACAGCGGCUUGCUAGCCCAACGGCACAGAUCUGCUGACCAUUUACCUGACAAUAAAGUAGAAGAGUUCCCACACCUGUCUCGCCGUGCCCUUCAUUUGACCCCUCGUCACUUGUUGCCCGACCUUGGCACCCCUCACUCUAACAGGAAAGGUUCUGGCCAACGGGAGAAUAAUUCUCUCCGUGAUGAGAGCAACACCAACUUGAGUAGGAAAGCGCCAGUUACGGCCUACAUGUCAGCAGAUAAUCUUGCUAACGGAAGCAGACAUGGCAUCGGUAGCCAUCUGCAAGGGUUCAAGUCCGUGGAGCACCUCCAGUCAGUGGCAGUCUCUGAAACAAGCAAGACUCAUGACCAGCAGACACCGAGCAAAUUCCGCGUGAGAAAAAUUAUUAAGAAAUUCAACCAGAAUUCUGAGGAAAUGCAUCGUCAGCCUUUAACAGAAGUGAAGAAAAUGAAUCCAGGCCAGCGGGGUAUACUUGAGCCCAGUCGCUACCACAACCACAAUAAUAACCAACCCUUUAGCUAUACAGGCAAAACACCCCUGGCGUCCGUGCAGGCAGUGAGGAGGCUCUCCCCGUCCCGAAUUACCGGUCACCAUACCCCGACCCAUGAAGCUCCUAUCUAUGCUCAGGUCAACAAGAAAAAAGGGCACCCACCCCAUGCAAGCUGCUGGAGUAAAACAGAUAAAAACUGUGACAGCUUGCACCAGGGAAGAGAGUACUCUGCCAAGAUCAUCAUUACUGAAGACGACCAUGAAAAUCAUUUUUCCUCUUACUACCACCCCUACGACGACCCUCUCCUUAACCAGCCUCGAAGAAACCAGUAUCAGGACGACAACAACUGCGACACCUGUGAGACCUACCAGACUCCAGAGGACAAUGUGAGGCGUCUGAUCCACGACAAACGGGAGGAGUGCAAAGAACACUCUGGCAAUGAUAUUAAGAUGUCAACAGUAUCUGUGCAGACAGAAGUGCUGCCCAUAGCUCAAACCCAAACACAACUAUGUGACCGCAAGAACCCUGCGAUAAUGCCCACACUACACUCCACCCACAACAAAAUGACCAUUCAAAAGCAAACAUUAAGGCAACAGAAGCAGCAGCAAUCCAGUAACCGUCAGUCAAAAACGCAGAACCAAUUCCAGAACCAGGAGCAGAAGCGAGGUCACAAAGUUAGCUACAAUAACUUGACCUCCACCACUCUCGUACGUCAGGUUAACCACGAUUUAGGAAAAAUCAAUCAUUCUCCUCCAGCGCCAGGAAUUUCCAGUUCCAACCAACAAAGCCAGGAUACAGUACCACUUCCUUCUGACACUUCCAACUCCAGGGAAGAGUGCUGGGGAAGUAUGAUUAACCCACUGGCCCAGAUCAAGGACCAGAUGACGCAGUGUGAGAAUCUGCAAGAGGAAGAGAUUACAGAACUGACUCGAUGGAGAGGACCACAACUCCAAAAGAACACCACUAUGCCCUGCCAAGCUGAAGAGAUGACGCCUCGGGCACUCAACGAGGUGGAUUCUCUUAGUCCCGUCAUGGAGGUUACAAACAAGAAAUCUCCUGUGGUCUCCAACAAGGAACGGUCGACUACCACUUCAGUGAUCUCCAGCCAAAGGCUUCGGCAUACAGAGACCAUAACAGAGCAUCAACACACCCCCAGCAAAUCCGUUACUGAGCAGUACAUACCUCGCAAACCUGUCAUGGGUCACCAAGAUGAUGAACCUGACAAGACCAGUCUCUCAAAGUCACAGAAUCAAGACAAGAACAAUACCUUCCCUGAGGAAACACCUGAACAUACAGACCAUCUCACUUUGAAGAAUAAGAACAGCAAAUUAGAGAACAAAAAGAACAACCUGAAGAAGGAACAGGUCAGCAAAACAGCCACUAAACAAAAAGAAAAGAGGAAAAAAAUAAAAAUCAGUUUAUUAUUCGACCCUCGGCUGAAGAAUGAACCUGAUGUGGAUCCACUAGCCAACUUUACGGAAUUCCACGGGGCGUCUUCCGACGAGGAGGCAUCGCCGCUCGAUGCGACGCCACAAAAGGUGAAGCAUGGCCAGUUGAACACAACUUGUGAGAGAUCCUACAGCUCCUACAAAAAGAAGUGUCGUGAUUCCAGGAACUCCUGGGAUUCUCACGACAACUGCAGACACUCAUGUGGCAACCAGUAUCCCAGGGACGACUCGCCCAUUGAUCAGUGUAAUUAUGGCAACUGUGAUGACGAAUCAGUAGACAAAGGGGAUGGCCAUAGGUCACCAAACAGCAUGCCAGGUCGUAGUCUGAGCGACAAGUAUCGAACGGGACUCUUGUAUGAUCCUUCUGGAGACCACUAUCAGGACCAUCACCACCACCACAAGCACCACCAUCAGGACCAUCACCACCAGGAUGACCACCAUCAAAACGACCCCCACAAGUACAUCAAUCUUCCACAGCCCCAACUUCAGGCAGCCUCUGAGGACAAUGAGAAGAAACUAAAGAAUGUGAAACAGAGGAAAAAAUCCAUGCCGUUUCUCAUCAGUGAUGGUGAGAAAUUCUCCAACACCAAGUGCAUGAUCUCCACCACUAAGUCUUCCACCAACACCAACACUUCCAACGUAAAUACCAACAAGAACAAGUGCAGAAACCAAUCCCCCUUGAGGAAGCUCGUGAAAGGGCAGACAUCUUCCCAGCUCACCCCAGCAUCCCAGCUCACCCCAGCAUCCCAGCUCACCCCAGCAUCCCAGCUCACCCCAGCAUCCCAGGUCACUCCAGCAUCCCAGGUCACAUCUGAUAUGGCCAAACGUAAGGGCCAGUCAACGAAGUUCACUAGAGAGCGGCAACGUCAGCGGGAGCAGCAGCAGAAACUGUUGCAGGAACAGAAGAAACAGAAGCAGAAGGGAAAAGAGAUGGGAUUGGAGCCUCCUUGGCACAUAUCCACAGUGAGCCGGGAAGAGGUGCAGGAGAGGAGGGGCAGUGCCGGUGAUGUUGUCAGGGAAGAACAAGGCAGUUCCACUGUUCAGCAGCCCACCAGGAAGUGUUCUGCAGAAUCUUCUGCUUCCUCGGGUGGCACUUCCCCGUCGGCGCAAGUGGCACAAACUGCCAGCCUCAAACACCGCUACUUUGGUGACACCGACACCGAGAGUAACCAUUGCAGGACGAGUGUUGUCGACUACCACAGCCUGCCGAACCGCUCAAGCAGGUCUGCCAUCAAGUGUGUGGGAAGGGACCGCAGAUCCGCCAGCAGCCCACGGAGCGUUUCACCCCUGGUAGUGGGAAUUUCUGGAGGCUCCUUGCAGAAUAGUGAGAAUGAAGUGGAUGGCCAGGGAGGGUCACAGUCUUCACGUACCUCAAAGGCCUCAAAGGUAUCAACGGGUACCAACAGAUCUGUGUAUCUCCAUGCUACAACCAUUGCUGAUAUCCCAGUGAGCCGUGCCACUGGUGAACAAAGUUCCAGUCGCCAGGCAAAAAAGGUGUCGAGAUCCUUCUCGCUGCUCGCACCCUGGAAACUGCGACACUACCGUGAGAAGGUUGAUGGCGACAACAGGGAGUUGAAGAUUUCCCGCAGUCCAGACAACAACACAAGCAAGGGCUCUCUUCCCCCCCGACCCCCAAGAAAACUCGUUCAUGACCAAAAUGUCAAGAAAGUCAGUCGCUCACAGAGUGUCUACAAAGAUUCACGUCUCUCCACCUGGCUCCGACGGCACAAAAACAAAGAAGCUAAGGGGAUCUGAUAACGCCAGCUGUAGAAGGAGAAAAACUUGCUAUAGCAGUAACAAUAAAAAGACAGAAUGUGGACAUAGUUACAACUUAAACAAAAAUUCCAUGCAAACUGUUGGUACACGGCGAUCACAAGACCACCAUGUUAUUUCUCGGUCUUAACCACCAUCUCUCCGAUACUCAGCCACUAAUUCUCUCUCUCAUCGCUUCCUUCCCUGUGUCACAACUCGAAUUAGCACCCCCUAUAAGCCUUCUCCCAUUCUUACUCAUCUUGUUGUGGCCCGGUGGUCUGGUGGCUAAAGCUCCCGCUUCACACACGGAGGGCCCGGGUUCGAUUCCCGGCGGGUGGAAAUUCCGACACGUUUCCUUACACCUAUUGUCCUGUUCACCUAGCAGCAAAUAGGUACCUGGGUGUUAGUCGACUGGUGUGGGUCGCAUCCUGGGGGACAAGAUUAAGGACCCCAAUGGAAAUAAGUUAGACAGUCCUCGAUGACGCACUGACUUUCUUGGGUUAUCCUGGGUGGCUAACCCUCCGGGGUUAAAAAUCCGAACAAAAUCUUAUCUUAUCUUAUCUCACUUUCCGAUUGACUCACCCGCGCCGCCUCCCUUGUGUGUAUCAGCUCGAGUAACCUGAACUAACAUAUAUUGCAAGAAAAAUGGUUAAAUCUUAAUUUUUAAAAGGGUGGAAUGGUAAGCCAGUAGAAGGCCUCGGUAAAAUGACCAAAGGCUCCAGUGGUAAACUAGUGGAUGACCUCGGUCAGAUGUCCGAAAGUUCCAGUGGUGGGUUAGUGGAAGGCCUCGGUCAGAUGACCAAAAUCUCCAGUAGUGGGUCAUCAUGUGACUAAGACCAGUUUCAUGAAACACUUGUCCUCUUUCCUGAUGAAUCUUACGUAACCAGCCACUAUUGCCAGUAAGUAUAUCCAUAUCAAGUAACUGGCUAAAUAACAUCACAGGAUCCACAAAAGAUGACGUUGGGUGAGUACGUGACUUAAAUCAAUACUUCUGAAGAAUAUUAAUCUUUCCAAGAGUUCCAAAUUAAUUAUAAUUGUGGUAUUUAACCAAAAGAAAAACAAAAAUGGCCGCUAGAACGAGUCUUAGUAAUAUGAUGGCAAUUUUAAUGGCGCUUUGGGUCAGAUUUCCAAAACUUCCAUUGGCUUUCGAAAUCACCCAAAAAAUAAUUGUCUGUUUACGUAUGCAUACGUGUGUGUGUGUGUGUGUGUGUGUGUGUGUGUGUGUGUGUGUGUGUGUGUGUGUGUGUGUAGACAUGGCUAGUAUAAGCAGCCUUUCAUUACAACUCGCGUUUCUUCAUCUCUGAAAGCUGGAAAUAAAUGGUAUAAAAUACCAACACAAUGGAAAUAUAAACACAUAUGCAGUAUAAUGUGAUCCUUUAUUGACUACGUUUCGCCCACAUAGUGGGCUUUUUCAAGUCACAAACAGAACUACCUGG